GACCGCCUUUCCCGCAGACCCGAGGCUCGGCGCCCCGGGCCGCUCCUCGCUCGCGUCGCCCGAGCCUGCAGAACACAGGCCGGUCACCUCCCCGACGUGAGUGACCUCGCCUCCGCCGCCCCGAGCGGCUGCCCCCGGCUGAGGGAACGGACCGCGCAGACGACCUCCCCGGCAAACACCAGUUCUUACAGAACCGUCCGGGUAGGGAGGGGAAGGAUGCCGGCCGCCCAGAAGCCCACGAGGUACGGACACACCGAGGGACACACCGAAGUCUGCUUCGAUGAUUCUGGAAGCUUUAUUGUGACUUGUGGAAGUGAUGGUGAUGUGAGGAUGUGGGAAGAUUUGGAUGAUGAUGAUCCGAAGUCCAUUAAUGUUGGAGAAAAGGCUUUUUCAUGUGCUUUGAAGAAUGGAAAAUUGGUCGCUGCAGUUUCUAAUAACACCGUCCAAGUCUAUACGUUCCCUGAAGGAGUCCCUGAUGGCAUAUUAACACGCUUCACUACAAAUGCAAACCAUGUGGUCUUCAGUAAUGAUGGCAGUAAGGUUGCUGCUGGGUCAAGUGAUUUUCUGGUGAAAGUUGUGGACGUGAUGGAUAACAGCCAGCAGCAAACAUUUAGAGGACAUGAUGCCCCUGUUUUAAGUCUGUCUUUUGAUCCUAAGGAUAUCUUUCUGGCAUCAGCUAGCUGUGAUGGAACUGUCAGAGUAUGGAAUGUUUCUGACCAGACAUGUGCUGUUAGUUGGCCAGUACUACAAAAGUGCAAUGAUGUGGUGAAUGCAAAGGCCAUCUGCAGACUUGCUUGGCAACCCAAGACCGGGAAAUUACUAGCAGUUCCUGUGGAGAAAUCUGUUAAGAUGUACAGAAGAGAAACUUGGAGUAAUCCAUUUGAUCUUUCAGAUAGUUCUAUUUCUCAGGCACUCAAUAUAGUAACCUGGUCUCCCUGUGGGCAGUAUUUGGCUGCAGGUACUAUUAAUGGCUUAAUUGUAGUUUGGAAUGUGGAAACCAAAGACUGCAUGGAAAGGGUAAAGCACGAGAAAGGUUAUGCGAUCUGUGGCCUGGCCUGGCAUCCUACCUGUGGUAGAAUAUGUUACACUGAUGUGGAAGGGAACCUCGGGGUCCUGGAAAAUGUCUGUGACCUCAGUGGAAAGGCGUCAAGCAAUAAGGUAUCUAGUAAAGUGGAAAAGGAUUACAAUGACCUUUUUGAUGGAGAUGAUACAAGCAGUGCUGGCGAUUUUCUAAAUGACAAUGCAGUUGAGAUUCCUUCUUUUUCAAAAGGAAUUAGAAAUGAGGAUGAGGAUGAUAAUGACCUCAUGCUGGCUGUGGAUCGUCUUAGACAGCGAAGUCGUGUCUUGACAGACGAUGAAAACUCAGCUGAUGCUACAAUGCUAAGAACUGAUCUUCACAAAGAGGAAGAGGAAGAUGAUCAAGCAGACAGUAUUCACAAUGUCCCCCUCACAAAGCCCCAAGGGCCGUUUUAUGAUGGGCCCUUGCCAACACCCCGACAAAAGCCAUUCCAGUCAAGCUCUACACCUUUGCAUCUCUCUCACAGAUUCAUGGUGUGGAACUCUGUUGGGAUUAUUCGCUGCUAUAACGAUGAUCAAGAUAGUGCCAUAGAUGUGGAAUUCCAUGACACCUCCAUCCACCACGCAACACACCUAUCGAAUGCUUUCAAUUACACAAUGGGAACUCUUUCCCAUGAAGCUAUUUUGUUGGCAUGUGAAGGUGCUGAUGAAUUAGCAAGCAAGCUCCACUGCCUACACUUUAGUUCUUGGGACUCAAGCAAAGAGUGGAUGGUAGAUAUGCCUCAGAAUGAGGAUAUUGAAGCCAUAUGUCUUGGUCAAGGAUGGGCCGCUGCUGCCACUACUGCCUUGCUCCUUCGAUUAUUUACUAUUGGAGGUGUUCAGAAAGAAGUCUUCUGCCUUCCCGGACCUGUAGUAUCAAUGGCAGGACAUGGAGAACAGCUUUGCAUUGUUUAUCAUAGAGGUACAGGAUUUGAUGGAGAUCAGUGCCUUGGAGUUCAGCUGCUAGAGUUGGGGCAAAAGAAAAAACAGGUCUUGCAUGGUGACCCUCUUCCUCUUACCAGGAAAUCCUACCUUUCAUGGCUGGGAUUUUCUGCUGAAGGUACCCCCUGUUACGUGGAUUCCGAAGGCUGUGUCCGAAUGCUAAACAGAGGACUUGGGAAUACAUGGACUCCUAUAUGUAAUAUUAGAGAGCACUGCAAGGGAAAAUCUGAUCACUACUGGGUGGUUGGUAUCCAUGAAAAUCCACAGCAGCUAAGGUGCAUCCCCUGUAAAGGUUCUCGGUUUCCUCCUACCCUUCCACGACCUGCUGUGGCUAUAUUAUCCUUUAAGCUUCCUUACUGUCAGAGUACAACAGAGAAAGGCCAAAUGGAGGAACAAUUUUGGCAUUCGGUUCUGUUUCACAACUACAUUGAUUAUUUAGCUAAAAAUGGGUAUGAUUAUGAGGAGAGUGCUAAAACUCAAGCGGUAAAAGAGCAGCAGGAACUCCUAAUGAAAAUGUUUGCGCUUUCUUGUAAACUGGAACGAGAAUUUCGCUGUGUGGAACUUGCUGAUCUAAUGACUCAAAAUGCUGUGCAUUUAGCUAUUAAAUACGCUUCUCGCUCUCGGAAAUUAAUAUUGGCUCAAAAACUUAGUGAACUUGCUGCAGAAAAGGCAGCUGAAUUGGCAGAAACCGAGACAGAAGAAGAACAAGAAGAGGAUUUCAGGAAAAAACUGAAUGCUGGUUACAGUCAUACCACUACCGAAUGGAGUCAGCCACAAGUCAGAAAUCAAGUUGAAGAAGACACCGAAGAUCGAGAAGAGACUGUUUCAGAAGAAAAACCAGAGCGACAUAACUAUGGGCAGAAGUCGUUCCAAAGUGCAAAUUCCUCGGAUAUGCCAGCUCUUAAACCAGGUCCAGUUUUCUCCAGCAGCCAAGGACGGGUAAACCCCUUCAAGGUACUCGUCAGUCCCAAAGAGCCAGCCACGUCAGUGAAUUCAGCACGCUCAACUAACAUCUUAGACAACAUGAACAAAUCAUCCAGAAAGUCCACUUCCAUCAAUCGAGCAAAUAAUGAAAAAUCUCCAGUUAUAAAGCCUCUCAUUCCCAAGCCAAGGGCUAAGCAGGCUUCUGCAGCAUCCUAUUUCCAGAAAAGAACUUCACAGGCCGAUAAGACUGAGGAAGUAAAAGAAAAUCCCAAAGAGUCAUCAUCUGAAACUCCAGCUGUGUGUCCUCAAAACUCUGAAAACCAAAGGCCGAAGACUGGUUUCCAGAUGUGGCUGGAAGAAAAUAGAAGUCAUAUUUUGUCUGACAAUCCUGAUUUUUCAGAUGAAGCAGACAUAAUAAAAGAGGGAAUGAUUCGGUUCAGAGUGUUGUCUGCUGAAGAGAGGAAGGCAUGGACUAACAAGGCCAAGGGAGAAACUGCUGGCAAUGGAGCUGAAGCAAAGAAGCGAAAACAUGUGGUCACUGAGGUUUGUGAGACAGAAAACCAGGAGGAAGCGGCCAAGGAGAAUGUGGAUCUGUGUAAGAAGCGAAAGUCGUUAGAUCUUUCUACCAAUGAGAAAUUGUCAGCUUUUGCAUUUAAACAGGAGUAAAGGAAGGAAGUGUCAAGAAAUAGAGAAACUUGCUUGGCUUCUGGUAGAUCCUAGACUUCUUUUAAUCCUUAGGGAACGCAUUAUUAUCCUCCUGUGUAUUUAGAGAUAGCUUUGUUUUCAUAAGGCAGUGUGCAGCUCUGGUGGACUGCAUGCCUUGUAUGCACAAAGCCCUUGGUUCCAUCCUUACUACUACAAAAGCAAAAAAAAGUAAUGUAGUGAUUUCCUGUGUCAGGAACACCACAUGCAAGAGCUAUCUUGCUGAUUACUCUGCCUUUCAUGGACAGCCCGUGUCAUGAUUGCACGGAUACCAACGUGUCCCUGUGGAGACCAUUUUUAUUGUUUCUUUUAUUUAAAAAUCAUUAAAAGCCUCGGUCUUAAGACUGCUACAUAUUGCAUUACCUUCUAGGGCUUUUUUGCCUUUGUUUAGGUUUUGUAAUAGAAGUGCCACAGCCAUGGCUUCCCAAGUGAGAUAUCACAAACUACUUUCUUGUCAACUUGACCUCAGGACCAUAGUUUUUAAUAUGGGCCCCAAAGUGUAAAUAAUCCUGUGAAUGAGAUAUGUUAUUUUGUGUGUUUGGGAAGUUUUUUAGGUAUGGCUUUCUGUUAUGUUUGUACAGCCUGGGUCUUUUGAAUAAAUAAAAUUUUAUCAUUUGUA